CCGCAGCCGCACGGCGUCACGCCAACUUCGACCAGCAAGCAACGCCUCAUCCUAUCGUAAACCCUCUUACCUAUAAUUCUUCCCUUCAACAAACCCCUACUUUUUUAAGUACAACAAGAACAAAAAGGACAUCAAUCCGGUAUUGAAACCCACCAUCCAGGAUGGGAGCGCUCCUAUCUCUUCCCUUCUUGGCGCUGCCCGGCGCUGGCACGCUGAUAUCCUGCGCUGCUAGCUGCUGCGGCGCUGCCACCUGUUCCAUGGUCUGCAGCGCCUGCGGGAAGUGCGGCAACAGUGUUGCUACCCGUAUCGCCUACGCUCUCCUCCUCCUCGUUAACUCGAUUCUCUCGUGGAUCAUGCUCACACCCUGGGCCAUCGAAAAGCUACAACACCUAAUGUUGGACUAUGUGAAGAUCGACUGUCCAAACGGCAAAUGUUACGGCUGGCUGGCCGUUCACCGAAUCAACUUUGCCCUCGGGCUCUUCCACCUUAUCUUGGCCGGCCUGCUAUUUAACGUCGCCUCCACGAAAAACCCGCGAGCCUCUCUCCAAAACGGCUUCUGGGGCCCUAAAAUUAUCGUCUGGCUCGCCUUCAUCGUCAUAUCGUUCCUUAUUCCCGAUGCCUUCUUCCAGGUCUACGGCAACUACAUCGCCUUCAUCGGCGCAAUGCUGUUCCUCAUCUUAGGUCUUAUUCUCCUUGUCGAUCUUGCGCAUAAUUGGGCCGAGUACUGUCUUGAGCAGAUCGAAAAGACCGACUCGAGAGUGUGGAGAGGCGUGCUAAUCGGUUCAACCCUCGGCAUGUACGUUGGUUCGCUAGCCAUGACCAUCAUACAAUAUUUCUUCUUUGCUCGUAGCGGCUGCUCCAUGAAUCAAGCCGCCAUCACCAUCAACCUCCUAUUCUGGAUUGCCAUUUCGGUUAUCUCGGUCCACCCAACCGUCCAGGAGUACAACCCUAAAGCUGGAUUGGCGCAGGCCGCCAUGGUCGCAGUCUACUGCACGUAUCUCACAAUGUCUGCCGUCUCGAUGGAACCCGACGACAAGCAGUGCAACCCCCUAGUCCGUGCCCAGGGCACCCGGACGACAUCCGUGGUGAUCGGCGCCAUUGUAACGAUGCUGACAGUCGCGUACACCACCACGCGCGCGGCAACCCAGAGUCUGGGCCUUGGUAACAGUAGGGGCGGCAUCAAGCUCGCAGACGAGGACGAGCACGAUCUCGUGACCCAACAGCCAGGACGUCGGGAGAUGCGAAUCGAGGUUCUACGCCGAGCAGUCGAAGAAGGUAGUUUACCCGCCGACGCCCUGCUAUCCGACGACGAAGAGGACGAGGAAAGCGGCAAGACGCCGCAUGAUGACGAACGGGGCAGCACGCAGUACAACUACUCGGUUUUCCAUAUCAUCUUCUUCCUGGCGACGUGCUGGGUCGGCACGUUACUCACGGGCACAGUGUCAGGUCUGGAUGACCUUCCUCAAGACAGCGACUUCGCAACCGUCGGGAGGACGUACUGGGCUAGCUGGGUCAAGAUUGUUAGCGCUUGGAUCUGCUACGGCAUGUACAUCUGGACCCUGGUGGCACCUAUCGUCCUACCGGACCGCUUUGACUUUUCCUAGAGUGAACUGUAGGGGUCUUUUGUAUAAUUUAGUUAACUACCUACUUUGCUAUGUUACCUAGAAUGCUGAAGCAUUGUUUAUUAGAGUGGUAUUUGUAAUCAGCGUUCUAUGUUAGUAUCUCUGCUUAAGCAAAUGCUCAAUUGCGCAAGUUCUUGAUUGUUUUAUCUCGUUGCGUCUCAUGUGUGUUGCUGGGCGGUCGUUUGUAUAACUUACCUAAGUAACCUAGUAUGUAGCUACUUAACUGUAAUAUCAUGAGAUGGAGUAUUUACCUUACCCUCAACGGCUUACAGACAUACGUGAUUUAUUCCGUAGAUUUACCAGUUCAUAGCGAUGGCGUGUACGAAGGAAGCAAAAGCAUAGGCCCG